AAUUUCUGCAUAUAUAUGUAUUCGUAAAUGAGACUGAACUAUCUUUUCUGUGUACUUAUUUGUACCUAGUCAUGUUGAUUGUACAUUCAAUUAACCGCCCCAGGGUAGCGCGUGUUGUUAUGACUGCCCCGUAUAUUGGGAUGUGCUCGGUAUCGAGUUACUAUAUCGAUAAGUGAUAUACAUGAUCUCAGUCCGGAGCUAUACAUAUGUAUACAAGAUGUCAGCCCGGAUGAUCUAAGUAGGACUGUGUGAAUAUACUGUCUACAGUUGUAACAAUGGGAUUUCUUCGGAGCACGUCUAACUGCGAACUUAAAGUGUUCGGACGCUGAUUUUGGGAAUUUGUUAUUUUACAAGCUUCUACGGAUUGUUUGAACAUCCACGUACCCAACUGUAACCAUGUAAUUCAUGACGUCGUUAACUACACCUUUGAAUUCCACCAUUAGACGAUGGACCUGAUAAUGAAGAAAAGCUACGCUAAGUUAUUAGUAUUAAGUGGUGGCUGGUUCCUCUUCUUCCUCAGCUUCUCCUCAAUACGGAACGUCACCAGCAGCAUCAACCAUGAGGAUGGUUUGGGCCUAUGCUCUAUGGCCGGUACAUACGCGGGAUUCAUGUUGGCUUGCUGUGUUACUGCUAGUAUAGUGAGACGCUACACCAGUAAGUGGGUUCUGGUUGUUUCAUUAGGUAUACAAAUAGUCUUCGUGUUGGCCAAUCUGAGCCGGAACCUCUAUCUGCUGGUGCCGAUUUCUGUACUAUGUGGUGCCUCUCAGGCCGCAAUGUGGACAGCGGCCAGCACUUACGUUAUAGAUCUUGUAAUGCAGCUUGAGGUCAGAGGAUCCCCAGGAAUGGUUUCUAGAAGUCUUAAAGCUAGAAUGUUUGGUAUUUUCUUCUUCUUUGGAUCAUUGGCGCCCGUGUUUGGGGCUCUAUUAACUUCUUUUAUACUAUCUUACGACAAAAGUGAUAGGCUCGUUCAAAUUUCAAAGGCUAAUAACACGAAUUUCGGGAAUCAUGAGUCCUUUACCAGUAACUGUAGUAAUGCUUCCUCUAUAGGUACGGUUAAUAUAGGAGAGUACCGGACUAGAGAGACUAUAGAUUCUCUAUGUGGCCCCAGGUUCUGUCAUGCUAACUUUGAUCAAUAUGCCGAAAGGGCCGUGAACAAGGAAACUCGUGCUCUCCUUUUCGGAGUAUACACGGCGUGUAUGGCGACUGCUUUGUUAGGUUAUGCAUUUUUUCUAGACGGCAGUAAAACUUUGAAGGAGGUUCUGUGUUCUGGCCAAGUAUGCGUCGACUUCCUGGAGGACACAAAAUCAGUCUUCAAGCUCAUUGUGGAAUGUAAUUUUCUGCUGAUCAUUCCACUCAUUCUGUUUCACGGGAUCCAAACAGCUUUCUUCUCCGGCGAAGUCACAAAGGCGUUUGCUGGCUGCCUGUAUGGGAUAGAUAUGGUUGGGUACUUCGUGGCUGUGUUUGGUACCAGUGCUGCAUUGACCGCCUUUACCACGGGAUUCGCCUCCAAAAUCGUCAACAGAACAUUCUUUCUGUCAACCGCUGCGGUGGUGGACCUAUUUGCUCUAGUGGCGAUGUCGAUUUGGUCCGCUGAUAAUGGUGACAUGCUUUACGUGUUUGCGCUGGCCUUUCUAUGGGGGAUAGGAGAGGGAAUAUGGACUACGCAUUUAAACAGUUUGGUAGGAGCCCUUUAUUCGAACAGACCAGAAGCCGCCUAUUCUGCCUACAACCUUGUUCUGUCCUUUGGAUUGACAGUGGGGUAUUUAUACUCUAACUAUGUGUGUAUGAAUAUUAAAAUAUACGUGACCGGGUGUCUGUGCAUCAUUGGUAUAUGCAGCUAUCUAGCAUUUAUACAAAAGAAACCUUUCUAUCGGCUGCAAGGGGAGACUAUUAUAGUCACAACCAAUGCAGACGUGCUGGAAACAGAGCAGCUUAACGCCAACACACCCCAGACCGAGGAAUGACGUUAUAAAAGGAGAACACACAGUUCUAGACCAGGACUUAUUCUGGAGUUGGGAUACAAUUAAGAUGCAUCUCCCACCGAAGAUUGAGGAUAGCAUGCACCCCCUCUGGUCUGAAAAACCAGGUCAAACUCCGGAGAAAUCAGGCUCUCUUAAGGGUGUCCAAAACAAAACAGAACAAAUCCCAGACCCAGGAAUUAGGUUGAACAAGAACAACCUUGGCCUUGGAAGGAGGUCGAAUAAGGACAACCUUGACCCAGGAAGAUGUCUGAGCAGGGCAUAUAUUAGUCCGGACCUAUUGGUGCUUGGAAAUGUUAUUUGACGCAUUCUACAUCCGACAGCGAUGAAUACCAUAUGAAGUAGUAGUUAGCGUCUCUUAUACACAAUGUAGCCGACACUACUGUGUCUUACGUUUGUGUAAAUUCUGUCACGGAACCUUGGUUAAUUACAUUAUACUCGAGUGUACGUUGGAUUGCUGCAAGCGUCCGAAAAUUUCAUUUAUCUCUCUGUCCGACGAUCAUACAGAUAUACAAAUGUCAAUGUACUCCUGUCAAGGAUAGAACUAGUUAAGCUUAUAUUAUACACAUGUAUGUCAAAAUCGUCACCAAUCAACUUUAAAGACUAAACAAUUUCCCUUCCGAGAGUACGAAAUCGACCAUUCAGUACACAAUGACAUUCCCUAGAAAAUACGUUUAUGUCGGGUUCGCCUGGCCACUAAUGGCAGGUACACACAACUAUACAUUGUUUUAAAAUGUGACAGGUGCGACGUGUUUAAUAGUGACACGGUUGUAUGUGCUUCACGUUCUUUUGAAUUCAAUAUUGAAAAUUUUGAAUUUUUUGAAAUUUAUUUAAUUACUGGGCCAUCGGUAUUGUACGCCGCCGUCCAGAUUUUGAUAUUUUUACGACCCAUUUCUGUAUCAACACUUUAGACCAUUGGCAUCACUUAAGGGUCUUAAAAGGACGACGAAACAGAUAAUGGUUUAAUUCAAAUUUUGGCGCCACUGUAAAUCUAACUGUGGCCCAAACUCUCUACUUGUAUUGAAGGGUACUUAUAUCUUAUAAUGGUUUUGUACAAUACUUUGACAUUAAUAUCUUAUGAUGGUUUUGUACAAUACUUUGGCAUCAAUAUCUUAUGAUGGUUUUGUACAAUACUUUGACAUUAAUAUCUUAUGUUGGUUUUGUACAAUACUUUGACAUUAAAAUAUCUUAUGGUGGUUUUGUACAAUACUUUGACAUUAAUAUCUUAUGGUGGUUUUGUACAAUACUUUGACAUUAAUAUCUUAUAAUGGUUUUGUACGAUACUUUGACAUUAAUAUCUUAUGUUCGUUUUGUACAAUACUUUGGCAUGAAAUGACUUUGUGGUCAUUAUCACUAGGUGAUUUAAGUGAAAUCCGGCAUCAAAGAAUACUCGAACAUGCACAUUAUUUGCUACAACGCUGUUUAUUCCUUUAAUGGUUUAUGUGAGAACUCCUAAAAUAUAAACAGGUCGACAAAACUGGAAUUAAUUAUAAUCCUUGUCAUAAUACAUAUAAUAUACCACAAUACUAAUAUACAGAAUAUCUAUCGGUCUACAGUUUAGUUCCUUUCGCUUUUGUAUCAAAUUGUGAAAUGUCUUUUAUUAUUUACUCUCUUAUAUAUAUCAUUAAGAUGCUACAUUGCCGACAGCGUUAACGCUGCCUGACAUAAAGGUGUAUACAAUUGCACCCACCAUAUUGAAAUUAACACUAACAGCGACGACGACAAAAGUGUCCUAAAAAUGAUCGCUUAGAGGACCAAAUGUUACGUACCAAAUAUAGAAAACAAAAGUUACGUACCAAAUAUAGAAAACAAAAGUUACGUACCAAAUAUAGAAAACAAAAGUUACGUACCAAAUAUAGAAAACAAAGGUUACGUACCAAAUAUAGAGGCAGAAGAAGUAGCUAUUAUUUAUUAUUUCAAUUGAGAAGAUAAAGAGAAGCUCGAAUGCAACUUUUGGUAUUUUAUAAAAUAUUUUGUAUACAAAGCCUAUUGUUGUUUUCACAUUGUUGUUAUACACAUUUAUAACAGUAUUUUAUGCAUAAAUUAUGGAUGGUAUUAUUUAAUGGUCGUGCACAUUCCUGAGCCAUACCUUAUGUUAUAAAGAAAUCUUAUGUCAGAUAUAUACAAAUUUGUAUAAUGAUAAGUCCUUUAACACUGUAAACGUACAUAUAAAUAUAUGUAAUAUUUGUUUUUAUAAAAAGGGCAUUUUACAGUAUUGUUACGUCUAUUAACAAUGCUAUGCUCAUUGUUAUAAGCUUAAUUAAUUAGAAUAAUGCUUAUAAUUAGGAUGGUGUAUACUGUAUACUGACAACGAUUGAGAACGACAUAUUCUAACAAUAAAUACGUUAUAUUUUCACA